AUGCCCUCUGCACUUCGACAAAAGGGCGACCCGGCCCGCCCUUCCUCCCGCGGACGCCGGCGGGGCCGCCGGCCACUGGGCUGCUGGGCCGCAGGGCGGCGCUGGACCGUUCACCUCCGACGGGCUGGGUCGCCCGGCAACGCGACGGACGCGGCGGGACCCGCGGCCAUGGCCUCCAAGGGGAGCAAGAAGAAGGAGCUUGGCAGCCGUAACAGCUCCGGGACGCUGGGCGCCUCCGGCAAAGAGGCAACUGUUUGUUCCCAUGUAGGUGCUUUGAAUGAAAAGUGGAGAUUUCCUGUUUGGCCAGAAUGGGACGAAGCAGAUAUCAAUGCAGAAAAAUGGGAUAGUGGAAAAGUUGGAAGAGAAAAAGAAAAAACUGUCAAAAGUCCCACUUCACUUGUCUUUGAAGAUCCUGAAGGAAAAAUAGAGUUGCCAGCAUCCUUAAAAGUGCAUUCAUGGAAACGUCCACAUGAAUUUUUAACAAAUAAGGUUCCUGUGGUUGUUAAAAAUGAAUCCUCAUUUGACCUUUUUUCAGCAAAUGAGCAUAUAUUUUGUAGUGAGCUGAUGAGAUGGAUUAUAAGUGAAAUUUAUGCAGUCUGGAUGAUAUAUGAUGAAAAGACCUUAACUAAUGAAGCAUCCACAGAUCUUUGGAAACCAUGGGAACACAUUUAUGCUUUAUGUAAAGCUACGAGGGGACACAUGCCACUCUAUAAUAGCUAUGGAAAAUACAUAGUGAAACUUUAUUGGAUGGGGUGCUGGAGAAAGAUCCUUGUGGAUGACACUAUGCCUUUCAAUGAAGAGGAUAAUUUGUUGCUACCAGCUACAACCUGUCAAAUUGAACUUUGGCCAAUGUUGCUAUCCAAAGCCAUCAUUAAGCUGGCAAAUACUAGUGUACUUGAAACUGGAAAAAGAGAACUGGAGGAAUUUACAGUUCUACAUGCACUGACUGGAUGGAUACCAGAAGUUAUUCCUCUUCAGCCUGGAUACUUGGACAAAGUCUGGGGCUUUUUGAAAAAGAUUGUGCCAGAAUUCAAGUGGUCAAAUAAGAGAACUCCAGAACUUGAUAAUCUUCAGUCUGAUACAGAACCUGAAGAGACCAAAGUCUCACAGUUAAAAAAUGAAGCUUCAUCUGUGAAUAAGAAGUCAGAUAAACCUGAGAAUGCAGAGAAAGCUGCUAAAGUUGGCAAAGAAAAAGUAGAGCAGAGAGAAAUCAGAAAGAAGAAAGGGAGAGAAGGAGAAAAAGAAAAAAGCAAGUUCAUGCAUCACUCUUCACAAAUGUCAGAAGCCCAGCAUUCUCUUCAGACCUCAACUGAAAAAUCUCCUGUGCCAAACCAGCCAGAAAUGGCUGUAUAUGCUGUCUGUGUACCACUACAUUUGUUUGAAGAGGAUAUUUUUUCAUUAGGGCAGAUGGCUGAUUCUUCAGAGAAGCUGAGGCAAUAUGGGUUUUCCCAUGUAUAUAGUCAUCCUGUCCUGAUCAUUAGAACUAGGUCCUGUCCUCUGGUAGAACCACCACAACCACCACCAGUUCCUCGAUGGAAGCUUUUCCGUCAGAAAAAGAAAACUAUUGUGACAUCUGAACCUCAAGAGCCUGUGGUAAAGAAACCUGAAAAGUAUGUUGAGGUUACUAGUCCAUUUUUGAAUUACAAACUGAUUCGUAUCACAAUACCCACAGAUGUCCACUUUCCGCGCUCUACCAUCAAAAAAGGAUUUCGUUCUUUGUCACGUCUCCCUUCUGUUACUGAAAGUGAUGAAAAUGUAAGUGACAGUAAUGUGGAUAUGAAUCAAGGUGACAGACACUCAAAUGCAGAUUAUUCUCAGCAGCAAAAUACAGACAGUCCCACUAAAGAAGAACCACAUGAGAAUAUCAGUUUUGAUACAAAACGGGUGUCAGAAACAGCUGAUACUGAUAUGAAUAGACAGACAGGGGUUAAAUCAGAGGAAGAAAUUGAGUCAGAAAAGAAUUCUGUUUCCAGGGAAACCUGGAUUAGCUUUGAAGACUUCUGUAUUUGUUUCCAGAACCUGUAUGUUUUCCACAAGCCACAUACAUAUGCUUAUAACUAUCAGAAGACAGAUUUUAAGUCUACUGAUGACCAAGUCUUCUAUUAUUUACUUGUGGACAGUCUGAUACCCAUUGAAAUCCUGGUCAGCUUUUCUGCAUUAGUACACUGGGAUGAGACUGGAGGUACUAAACGAAAGUGUUCUAGUAUUUCAAAGGGUGUGCUGACAGUUGAGCGUUUCUCUUGGAAAUGUGUGACUCCUGGAGAACUUUUGUUGAAAAUGCAUACAUCUGCAACCAAAACUACUGUGUUAAAUCUUCCUGUUGGGCGACACAUAUUGCUCUUCACAGUAAGUUCUGCUAUAGGGCACCAUAUCCAUCUGUGUAGCAUGAUCCCAUGUGUCUUUGGAGAAGAAGAUACUGUAAUGCCAAGUCUUGAAAAGGAGAGCUAUCGGUUUAUAGAACAGGCUACAGCUAUCCUGAGAGCUGUCGGAAAUGUGAUAAAUAAUUUCAGCAGUAAGUCUGAAUUUUCUAAAGCCAUGAAGGAGUUGGAACUAGCUCACUGUCCUCCUGGCCUCCACGGUACUGGAAUGGCUGAAGAACACUUCAAGGUUUUCAAUGACGCAUUUUGGUAUUUCAUCGAACAUGUAUUAGGCAAGAAGGCUGCUUCCAACUAUAAAUUUGCCUUCAGAUCCUUUACUUUGGAUUUUAAAGACACUGAGGUUUCUGAGGAUGACACCAUGUAUUCAGAGAGUUGUGAGAAGAGUUCUCUUAGUAGUUGGCAGAACCAAACUCCCGUAUCUGAAGAAGACGCAGCAGCUUGCAAACUUCAAGCCAUCUGGCGAGGGGCCUAUGUUAGGAAAGUACUGAACAGCAGAAAACCAGGUACUAAAGAAAAUGCUCAUGUCAAAGAAACCUUGCAAAAAUUGUGGACUGCAAUUGAGUUAAAUUUUGAAGAGUGUGCUGUAAUGCUGCUAAGAAAAAUGUUUAAUAUAAGCUGUAAGUCAAUUGAAAAGUUUCCUUGCUAUGAAGAUGAAUGGUGCAAGAUCUCUUUCGCUGACUAUGCUGUAACAUAUGCUGAUCACGCACCAAAUGCAUGGUUUGUGGUUUUCAGAGAAAUAUUUCUUGUUCCAGAAGACAUGCUUAUAGUGUCAAAGGUCUAUACCACUAUCCCUUCCUGUAUACUUCAUGUUGUUGAUAAUGACACACUGGAGGAAAUGCCACCUGUCUUUUUCAAAGAGGCACCUCGUGUUUAUCCCAAAAAUAAGAAAGGGUACAUAUUUAUGGCUGAAGCACGCACUGGUGACCUACCUUUGGCAGCUGGAAGAUGGAGGCUUCGGCUUAUCGGUUCUCAUAGUCCACUCCCAUUUCUGUCUCGUGAGGCUGUAAAUAAUGUCUAUUCUACUAAAGAAAUUAAAGAAUAUUACAUACCUAAUGACAAACAUGUAAUGUUCAGGUACUCAGUAAAAGUCACAGCAUCACAUAUGGCUACGGUGCAGGUACAAACCUCUAAAUCAGAUGUAUUCAUUAAACUACAAGUCCUAGAUAAUGAGGAAGAAAUUGUGAGUGUCACUGGAAAGGGCCAUGCAGUCAUCCCUGCUUUUACUUUCUUGAGUAAUGAAACGCUUUUGAGUUCCCACUCAAGCAAAACACAGAUUAUUCAAAGUAGCACAUGGAAGGAAUCAGAAAAUGGAGGAUCAAAAAGAAAAGGUCAUACUUCGUCUUCAAAGGACACCAAAACUUCUUUCAAGACAGAAGUUGUAGAAGAAUGUCCACCUGUUUUAGAAGAUGAAUCUUUCCUUUUGGAAAACUUUCAAAAUACUGAUGGAAGUCCACAACAAUCUCAUGAGUAUAUCAUACAAGCAUUGGUGUUGUAUAAUAGCUGGCCACUUACCGAGAGUCAAUCUCUGUUUGUUCAGGAACUGAAAGAAAUGGAGAGUAAUCAAAUCAAAGUAUAUGGAGAAAAGCAUGAGGAUCACAGCUUUCCCUCCAGUUAUUCUGAAGGACAAAAAUCUGCAAAGAUUCCUAAACCAACCAAAAAAUCAAAAGAUAAGGCACCUGAGAAGACAGAAAAGGAGAAGUCCAAUAAAGAAAGAGAAUCACAUGGAUCUCUUGCAUCUUUAUCUGAAUCUCAAUUUCAGCAAGCUGCUUCAAACAAAGCACACUGGACUUUACGUCUUGUUAGUGAACAGAGAGAGGCAGACGUUCUGGAGGUGAAGAAAGACACCAAGCGAGCAGAUGAGAUCAAAGCCAUGAAACAAAGAUGGGAAUCUGCAGAGCCAGGAAGAGCUAUCAAGGCUUUUCAGGAACGCAUGCGGUUUAUUAAUAAGUAUGCUGCAAGAGCUUCGGGGGAGCCCACAGCGGGCACCGAGGCUGACAGUUUAACACCUACUUCAGGAGAAAGAGAUUCUUUUACCACAGGAAAGAAAACAUCAGAAGCAGCUAUUGACUCAAGCUUACAAAUACAGCAGAAAAAAUGGGAGCCUAUAGACCUUAGUCCUUACAUGAGAGAAACAACGCCUGAGUCUACACUAGGAAAUGAGUCUGUGCUGAGAAGUGAGUCCAUCAAUCAACAGCAAGAGAUAAGGAAAGCAGAAAAAAUCCAACAUUUUAAGGAACUUCGAGAACUGGCCUUGGAAGAAAGAGAAAAAGAAAAAAAUGCCAGAGCUUUAUUGAAGCAAAAUAUACUUCAAAUGUAUGAGAAUCUGCAGGCAUCCUUAGAUGAAACACGAGGCAGAGUCCACAGCAUUCGGGAAGCAUACAGAAGUAAGCUGCUAGAGGCUGAGCGCAGAAAACAAGAGGAGCUAGCAGCUCAUGAAGCAGCCCUGAAAGCAGAGGAAGAGAAGCAAAUCCCAGAUGCACACAAAAAAAAGCAAAGAAAAGGUUUAGAGAAAAAAAAGUAG